AUGUCUCAUCUACCGAAGAAACGUCAGGUGCUCCGGUCCCAAGUGACCCGAAUCAUCACCGAAGCCAACAGUCUACUGAGCGGGACUGGAGAAGCCACAUUGGACGCUCUCGAUGUGUUGAUCGAACGGCUUCAAGCGUGUCACCAGCAACUUAACGACGUAGACGCUGAAAUCGAACACAGCGAGAUCGAACAGAGCGAAGAGGAUUUUACGCGCACAUAUGAAUACAACGACCGUGUGAUUACCUGCAUCGCCAGACUGAAAUGCAAGAAGAAUGGAUCUGUACAAACUGGAAUACAGACCACUUCUACGACGAGAUCGACGGCAGUCAAGGUGAAACUCCCUAAAUUGGAGUUAUUGAAGUUCGACGGCAAGCAGCGAAAUUGGCAGGCCUUUUGGGAACAAUUUCAACGGCUGAUCCAUCAGAACGAAGAUCUGACCCAGAGUGACAAGUUCAGUUACCUAAAGUCGGUAUUAGUCGGCGAGGCAGCAGCUGCUAUAGCAGGUCUGCACUUGUCAGCAGAAUGCUACAAGGACGCAGUAGAGUUGUUGCAGCAACGUUAUGGGACGGAAACUGCCAUCAUUCAGGAUCACAUGGAAGCACUUUUGAAUAUUCGUCCCGUACGAUUGUCCGAAGACGUACGCGAGCUUCGUAAGCUCUAUGACAGACUCCAAGCCCACAUUCGCGGACUGAAUGUCCUAGGUGUGAGUGAAGACUCUUACUGUUCACUGCUGUACCCUGUACUGCUACGCUCGUUACCGAGAGACAUUGUGCUGCAAUAUCACAGAAAAUCGGCAAUGGCAUCCAUCCCGGUGGGAGUUCCAUCUGAUAUUCAAGCUGGAGACAGCGCCGGAACGGCAAGAAUUUCUGACCCUGCUGUGAGGCAAUACCGGAAGAAGGUGUCAGACCUACUUCAACUGGUUAGAAUUGAAGUAGAAAGCCGGGAGCAGGCAACAUCUACCCAAAAAACCGACGACAAGGGACAGUACAAGACUUCUCACGACCGCAAACGCCAGCCAACAGCUUCAGUAGCCGCACUGCAGCACUUGGCUGGGAAGACACGCUGCACAUUCUGUUCGUCACAACAGCAUGAGACGGAGAAUUGUGAUUCUGACAUUCCGUUAACGAAGAAAAAGGAGAUUCUCAGAGCUGAGCGGAGGUGCUACCGAUGCACUAAACUUAAUCAUCAAUCCAGGGAGUGCAAGAGCAGGUUGCGUUGCAGGAAAUGCACAGGCCGACAUGCAGCUUCAAUGUGCGAUCCAAGCUACGCGUCGAAAAAAGGAUCGAAAGAAAUUGACGGGGAUCAGGACUCUGUCGCAACGCCAACGACGUCCGUUAGCCUACAUUCAGCUGCUGACAAUUCAAGGAGGGCUACAGUUCUCCUUCAGACUGCGACGGCUAUGCUGGCUGGAGAAAUAUCCACGACACUUGCCAGAAUCAUGUUUGAUGGCGGGAGCCAGCGGUCCUUCAUAUCAAGGAGGAUGGCGAAGAAACUGGGGUGCAAGUAUUUGGAGACCGAGGAGCUUACGGUUGAAGUGUUUGGAGGCCACCUCACAGAACGGAGCUUCAGGAGAGUACGAUUGUCAAUGAGCAGUCGUAAUGGAGAAAAGAGCUUCGAGAUUGAAGCAUUGGAAACCGACAGCAUUUGCGAGCAGAUUCUUCCGAUGAUUGACAAAGAUAUACAAAGCAAGCUGAACGACAAGAAUCUGGAGCCAGCUGAUGUUAUUCAGACCGAUUCCAAAGAGAUCGCAGUGCUCAUAGGAUCCGACUAUUAUUGGGAAGUCGUCAGCGGGAAGGUGGAAGACCUCGGCAAGGGACUGAGGGCCAUCGAAACGUCCUUCGGCUGGUGUGUUCAGGGUCCCAUCCCGACAGGCGGAAAUGUUGUACACUGUAACAAGACGGUAGUGCUGCGGACGGUGACGCAAGAGCGGCCACUGGAAGAGCUCGUGACAAAGUUGUGGGAUUUGGACAGCCUGGGAAUACGUGAGACAGAAAACGAUGAUACGAGGGAUAACGACGUUGUAACGUCGUUCAUGGAGACUGUGGUGAAGGUCGAAGAUGGCUAUCAAGUAUGCCUACCGUGGAAAACGGAGUGGAAAAGUGGAUCUGGAGAGCAACGAGGCCGUCGCCCGAAAGCGACUUCAUCAACUCCUGAGGAAGCUUACACGUGA